UGCCAUUAUGGUGAAAGUUGUAAAUUUUCACACGAUCCAAAGUUACUGACGAAACAGAAAUCGCUGCGGCGUGUUGUUCCCCAAUAUGGCGAUAUCGAAAGCACUGGGUUGCAGCCUUACGCAAAUGACAGUGAAACUGCAGCAGCAACAUGUCAUCAGCUGGAGCAGCGUCUUGUGGAGAUCCAGCGAGAGCUCACCUUACUAGAAGAGGAAGGAAAAAAGCCGAAAUCUUCCGUUGUUGUUCCCAAAAAGAGCCAAUCGUCAAUUUUUGGGAGUGCUACACGAGCAGCUAUCAACGUUGGCGGAGAUUUUAUCGUGAAAAUUGGAACUUCUCAAAGUGAACGGCAGGAAAACAAACGAAACUACGCCUACGAAGGUUAG